UCGUUCGAUGAAAAUUCAAAGCGGCGUUUCCUUGUCGCUAAGCUUACUUAUAAAAGGAUCGACCGCAAAGUUGACCGAUUCACCAGUGCAUCGUCACCGCGAAAACAUGCAGUUCUCCCAGAAGAAGGUCUGUCUAACCCUGGCGGUUCUCGCCAUCGCCGUGUCUUCGGCCAGCGCCAAGAGUCUCCAGAAACGAGACGCAAACCUGCUGACGUCGUACGACGAAAUGUUGAAGUCGAUCGACAAUCUCCGCAACAUCAUCGUCGCCGGUCCAGCCGUGGCACCGAUCGCCGCUGCAUCGAAGGGUAUGAUCCUCAUUCUUGACGAAGCGGUUGGCGGCAAUUUAGCCAAGCUCAUCAACAGCAUCAUGCCCUGCAAAAUCGACGGCACAGCCACCAGGUGCGAGGGUAAAGUAGACAUGAAGAGCGUUCGCGCGAUCGGUAAGAAGAUAGCCGAUCUCAUACCUCUCGAAUCGCUGCCCAAACCCGUGUCAUCUGUCGUCAGAAUCGCCAAGAGUAUGCUCUAGCUGUUUUGGCUUGAAAAUGUUGAAAGGACGUUGGAAUAAAAUCGAUCGUUCGAAUUUUUUUCAUUAUACCAAUAUUUCGAGCCCAUUCUCCGAAUAAAUCCAGAACCACACGGUAUCUCGACAUCAAAGAUCGGCGUCGCGCUUCGCUCCCGAUUUUCUCUCCUCCAAAAACGCCUCGUCACCUCCGCACCAUUUCGUUCCCAUCAUCCUCUUUCUCUCUUGGUCUCUUCAUCCCGAUGCGGUAAAACAAUGAGAAUCGCAGCGCUCGUGUCCCGUCGACGCGCGCGCGGGCAGCGCAGGAAAUAAAGCCAUAAAUUCCUCGCGGCUGGAUAUAUUCGACAGCAGACAGGGAAUUUAUGAAACGGAUCCAUAUGUAUGUGGCGAACCGCGAAUACAUAUACAUAUAUGCACAGCUCUAUAUAAGUAUAGGUAUAGUCCUCGCUUCUCUCUGCGGCUCCCUCUUCCUCUUCUUCUUCUUCUUCUUCUUCCUUCUCUGUCUCUAAUGCAUAUGCGCCGCGGCAUUAUUUCCGAGGGCCGCGUCCGAAAGAGAUCCGGCCGAAGGAGGUAAACAUAUGUGAGGCGCGAAUAAUUUGCCCUGUUAUCUCGGAAAGAUGCGCGCGCUUUAUUAUCCCCCCCGAGGUGUCGCGCGCGCGCGCGCGCGUGUUUGUGUGUGUGCGUGUGCCUAAUGGGAAAAAAUAUCACGUAUGCGUGUGCUGGCGGUCCGGAAAAAUCGAUACUCCGCUCGCGAAGUUUUUUCUUCCAUGGAAGAAAGCUCGGAUUGUCGAAUAUUUUGUUUACUGUCAUAAGUAUACAUACGAGAGCUGUGCAGACACUCCUGUAUCAGGAGCCAGCAGACCCUGCGCUACGUAAAAAUUUCUUCGCUUCAAUCGUUCGAAUUUCCCGCCAUAACCUCGAAACUCUCCUUUUAAAUAAUCGCGAUCCAUCAAGUCCCGAAAAAUUCCUGUCGCCAAGAGAAAUCGAUCUCCAAUUCGAUCGAUCACUCCAGCAAAAAGCCGUUCAAGGGCAAGGACGAUUCGGGCGUACGCGACUGCGAGGUUUCCCGUCCGCUAGAGGCCGCCACUGUGAUGUUCCCGGGCGACCGAACGCAAGUCGCAUCGUACGUGAGCCGACGAUGUUUGGCCGCGGCGCGAGUGUGUGCGUGCGCGCGUGUCGUUUACGGCUUAAAGCCUCGGCUGCAAUGGAGAACUCGCGGAAAAGAGAGAGAGAGAGAGAGAGAGAGAGAGAGAGAGAGAGAGAGGAAGAAGUGAGCGGCGUGUGGUAUUUCUCGACUGGGAUUAACCAUUUUUACGCUGCGCCGAGCGAUGAUCAUCGGGCCCGAUGAGAGCUCGGAAUUUUUCGCUGCGCUCAUUGCGCCGUGUAUUAUUGGUUCGACCGGUGGCCCGCUGACUAUAGGUGGGGUAUCAUUUGUUUUAAUUGGGUUUUUGGAUCGGAAUUCGGCCGGUUGGAUUUUUGCUCGCUUGGAGAGCGCGCGCGCGCGUGCGAUUCAGUACGUGGAAUUGUUGCGCCGCGGGUUUGUUAUUGUUUUUGGAAUUUUUAAAAUAUGUUCGAUGCGUUUUCCAAAAUAUUUUAAUGAGCGUGUAUUGCUUUUUUUGUUUGUUUACACAUUGCAUCGAGAUCCAAAACAUCUUUGAAGUAUUAAAAUUCCUCAGAAAUUGAAUUUGUUCCAUUUUAUCUUUACUUUUAUUCAACGGCUAUUUCAGUUUUGGACGAAAGUUUGGAGGAAUAUCAGGCGCCGUCGUAUUAUUUCACUGCACAAUUAAGCUUUUGUGACGUCAUUCUCGUUACAGUUUCUAGAUCUCUUGAACGUGCGCGAGACGUGCAAUAAAGGGCAAUUACUGUAUAAGACGUUUUCGCGCAGUAAUUUCAAAGGUAAGUGUUAAUAACCAAAGGGUUCCAAUUAUAUUCGUUAACUUGAUUCGCAUUUGCUAUAUCUCGUAAAAGUUGAAAAACUGAGUUGAAACGAUAUAUAUCAAAUCAAUAUCAAAUUUUGAUCUUUACACGACUCUCUCCAGUACAAACGACCUUGAGACUAUACUCCGAGUUCGCGCCGUGCAACCCAAACACAAUAAAUCACAGAGCCAUCAGCAAUGCCCUAAACCCUAUAGGUACAACGCGCAAAAGUUAAUAACACACGAAACCGCACUAAAUCCCUCUCUCGCUAUAUCCGCAUCUACAGAGAGAGAGAGAGAGAGAGAGAGAGAGAGAGAGAGAGAGAGAGAGAGAGAGAGAGAGAGAGAGAGAGAGCAAGAGCAAGUCCGCGCAAUUAACUUUAAAUACCCGAGCCCAUUAACGCGCGUACCGGCCCUUUAACGAACUCUCCUCUCCUUCGAGCUGCAUCACGUCAACGGCAGCAUCGGCCAAGGUCCCAAAGUAAGUAUAUACCCAUCCGCAGACCCUCUCCUGCGCUGCACCGCCGCGCGAGAGAGAGAGAGAGAGAGAGAGAGAGAAAGAGAGAGAGAGAGCCAAACAACGGCAGCAGUGGCGACCACAGCGCAGAGAGGCCAGCUGAUCGGAGAUCUCGCGGAGCGCAGGAGAAUACUUAGCGCGCAGGGCAGAAAAAAAGGACAGCGAGCCGUCCUCGCGACUGGCCCCGCCAUCUUUGCGUCUCUCUCUCUCUCUCUCUCUCUCUCUCUCUCUACGCGAUAUAUAUGUAUACACCGGUGAGUAAAAAAACAGCCGGCCCACAGUAUAGUGUUCUAUACACUUGUGCAGCACGCGAGUCGCCGUUGCGCAGCGAGCCUAAGCCCCCAAGCGUUCGCUCGCGAGCAUCGGCCUACGCGCGUGUUAGUGCGAGAGAGCACAUCGCUAUAACUCGCGCCGAGCUAUACCGUCGCGCGGCUUGUGUGUGCGUGUGUUUCCCUCGAAGAUGGCGGACGUGUUGGCCGCGGUGGCGGCGGCAGCUCGAGGAAGUUACGAGUUUCGUGAUGCUGCUCAGCCGCGCCGACUCUAGCGGCCGCGAGUCCUCCGAGUCGAGCGUCCUCGCGGCCGAGGAAGGUACUCCCGUCCUCCUCUUCGCCUAGGACAUCCUCCUACACAGCUAUAUACUCGGCACUAGCAUCACCCUCGACCAGUGCAUAGUGUGUCUCUCUCUCUCUCUCUCUCUCUCUCUCUCGCGCGCGAUAUAUUCAGAGACGCGCCCCUCGAGGGAAGCCUGUUGUCGCGCACGAGGAGCUGCUGGCUGAACCUCCUCUUCGGGGUGAAAAGUAGCCGCCUGUGUCUGUACCACCUACCACUACUCACGGAUCUUCGGUAAUUUCUCGAGCCGUUGCGGCGCGUGCUUUUGCUCCGUCUCUCUCGCACUCCCGGGUAGAGCAGAGAGCUCACUACCUAACUGCUGAUUCCGCUCCCUCCGUCUGUCCGUCUCUCCUCGCCUAAAUGGCCGACGAGCUGCGGUGAGCGAGGCUUCAGUACGCUGUACACACACAGACACACACAGACACACACACACACACCGCCGCGGCGACGACGACCUGAGCCUGCGGGAGGAUGAGCCACCCGGAGGAAGGACUUUUCUAAGCUGCACUGCCCGGAGAUCCAAGAAAGGCUACAAUAUGGCAGAGUCUGAGGAGAGUUCGGCAUCUCCGGAUAGUACAACAAGAGAACGCCUUGGAUUUGUCCAUGGUGAAGAUGUUCUUCUCCAGCACAAAGAUGGCAAAUACUAUCUUGGAACGAUUGUGGAGGUGGACCUGGCGGGAGAAAAGUGUCUUGUCAAAUUUAUGGACAACACAUCCGCCUGGUCAUCAGUUAAAGAACUGACAAAACUAGCAUCAGAAUCAGAUGUCACAUGUGUUCUGUGUAAAAAGUCCCAACCUAGAACUGACAAUGACAUUAUUACAUGUGACAAGUGUGGCCGUGGUUAUCAUCAGUUCUGCCAUCAGCCUCAAAUCAAGAAAGAGGAUACGCUUCCAGAUGCACAUUGGAAGUGUAAAAAGUGCUACGACUGUGAGCCUAAAGCCCCAAAAGAGAUCAAAAAGUCUAUGGUUAAACCAAACAUUAGAAAAGUAUGUAGUGGCAGAGAUCAACCGCUUCCACCACCAGAGGACACAACAAAGUUACCGUAUGAUCCUGAAAUGUUAAACUGGGAUUCACAUCACAGAGUGAAUGCUGAACAAAUAUACUGUUAUUGUGGUCUGAAUGGUGAAUGGUAUACGCAAAUGUUGCAGUGUGCUCGCUGUAAACAAUGGUUUCAUGAAAAAUGUAUUGGCUGUUUAUCGUACCCUCUUUACAGUGGAGACAGAUUUUAUGUGUUUGUUUGUUCAAUGUGCAAUUAUGGCAAGGAAUUUGUACGACGAUUAGAAUUAAAAUGGGUGGAUCUUGUUCAUUUGAUGCUGUACAAUCUGACAGUUUAUAACGCGAAAAAGUACUACGACCUAGAUACAGUGAUUGUACCUUACGCAAAUGACAAUUGGAACACGUUGCAGUUACCACCAAGAAUUCGCGACGUAACUGCACAGGUCCGUAGGGAAUCCAUACUCGCGAUAUUAACAAACAAUAGGAAUAGGUUUAAAUGCGGUAGAGAAAUAAAGAAGCGCACGACAAUUUGGGGAUUGAGGGUAAGGCUGCCACCGCCUUGUCCAGUCGUCAAUCUUCCCGAGACUGGCGUUAUUGACGACUCCGUGUUGCGGCGUUGCUGGGGUGCUAACAAAAGACUGCAAUUUCUUUCUCCGACUGCUGGGCUUUUGUCUUUGCCAGAAAGCACAAAGCAAUUACAUGCAUUGAAACAGAGCUUGGCGGAGAGCUUAGAGAUACCUGUAAACCCAUCGGAUGUAGUAAUGCGUGGUACAAUCUAUCAAAAUUCCGAGGUUGACCAGAGUUCUGGUCCUAGUCCAACUAAUCAGUUAUCCCAGACAUUAAGAGAAAGAUACAGCGGAGGCGGCUUUGUCAAGAAGUCCUUCCCGUUCCCAAAGCUCAGCAUGCAGAGGAGGCGACGACUGAUGACGACGACGCUCGUCAGCUCGCGCGAAAGAAUGCUGCGCAGGCAGAAAAAACGAGAUAAGACUUGCACCGAGGGCACAUUCAAGUCCCAGGGCAUCAGAGAAGCAAGGUAUCGCAAGGCUCGGAAACUGUUAAAGAAUGCUAUUGCCAAGAGUAAAUCUCGGAACGCGGAAGCUUCAGAGUUGCCGCCAACGCCGCCGACAUCGGUUUCCGGUCCUCCGACGCCACCGGCAACCACAUCUUCGGGCAUGUCUGAGAUCUCCGUACCGAGCUCCAUAGAACUUCUCCAUCCGCUGCAGCUUCCAACGCCUUCGACGCCGGCGGACACAAGCGGUGACGAGACGAGCUCCCGAGGUACAUUAGACUCGUUCAUCCCACCGCCCAAAGAUUUUGAGGGCAAAAACAAUCCGUUCAGAAAUCUCAGUGAACUGCUGGGUGUCGUGGUACCCUCGUCUCAGGGUGUCUGUAGUAAUGGUUCGAGCUGCAGUAGCAGCAUUGCACCUACGCCAGUCUUCAAUCAAAGUCCGAUCACGUUGCCGCUGCCCCUAACGCCUGUCAUCUCCCAGCCACCUAUUGUACGUCCGGCUAAAAGGCAACUUUCCGAGAAAGAUAUCAUUAUUGAUAGGAAUGGACAGGUGAAGAGGAGACGACAGCAUAGACGCGGAAGACCGCCUUCGCAACCGCAGUCACUCAGAUACCAGCAUACAGCGAGCAAGACCGCGGCAAUCCUGCCGGCACGAAACAGCGAAGUCAAGAACAGUGAAUUCGCCCGCAACCUGCGCAGUUCUUUCAACAACGCAUCCGCACCACAGCAACAAAUCGGCAACUAUGUAGAUUACGCAUUAAACGGUCGUCGAUUACGCCAACGUGGUCCUAGCACUGAUAAGCUCCUGCCGCCGCCAAUGCUUCCGGAGACGAGCGGCGCUAGCGCUAACAACUCAUCACUGCCAACAGCUGCAGCAGCUGUGAAAAAACCGCAGUCGCAGCAACAGCAACAACCCGGCGCUUGUGGUAACUGCAGCGGCAGCUUGCCCAACUCGCCGGUGAAGUGCUCGCCCGUGAAAAAAAAUGCGCCCGACAUAUCCAUGGACGAUCUCAAAUCGUCAGUGAACAUGUAUUUUGGCGCCGCAAAUAGAAUAGCUUCCGGUGAAAAAUUCAUGGUCCGGGCCAAACGCAGUGGUCCCAACGGACGAGCUCAGUAUCUCAUCGAAUGGGAGGGUCCGACUACCUAACGAUUUUAAACGCGAAUGGUCCUGUUAUGUUCGACACAUUUCUUUAUUGCUUGUCGAGUACGUAGCUUUGUUUAUCUAUUUAUUCUGUUUUUCUCAGUUUUUACUGAUUUCUUUUCUCCUUGUUCCAUUACUCUUGAUUUGGCUUAAAAUUCUAGCAUUUACGGAGUAAUAUCCGUAACUAAAUUGUUUUUAAAAAACGCAUGGAUUUUACCUUGCUAGCGCGGCAUUUGAAAAUCACGCAGUGAUGAUGGUGUUCUACAACUGGAAAUCUAGAUUUUCCAUUAUUUUUCUUUUAUGAACAUAUAAUAACGUAAUUUCGAAGCCCACGCGCUUUUGAGUGUUAACUGAACUUCGUAAAAUUACGAAACUAUUAACACGAGUUCAUGCGAACUAGAUAAUACGAAGCAAGAUUUACAUGAAUUAGUUCAGAUCACCCCUUUUUCAUGCACAAUCCAUUUAACGGUUCCGUUGCUGGUCGACGAAUUACAAAUACAUUGCUGAUCUUGACUAUGAGAAAAAAUUAUCCUUAACUCUGCUGGUGCAUUGUUUUGUACUUAUUACCUACGGAAUUUUGUAUUAUUUCCGUAACUUUAACAAGUGCAUACCGUCCACAAUCUCGUUACAAAAAUAGUCUAUUCGUAUAAAUCUUCGAAGAAAACACUCACAAGCGCUGGCCAUUAAAAAUAAUUUAAAAAAGAUGUUUUUUCACUUUAUAUUCGACGAAUAUUCUUAACUUAAAGUGACCUAACAAGAAAGUCGGUAAAAUCUGUAUAACUGGAGAUCAAUGUGAUGUCUCCGAUUCUGGGGAUGAAAGUUAAAUGACAAGAAAACCAAUAAAUCAAGCAUAAAAGACGGUCGUUCCUCUAAAAAUAAACAGGUAUAUAAUUAGGGAAUCUGAGUAGAAUCCGAAUAGAUCUGUGGAGAUUAUUUUUCGAUACGACUGUAGAGGUAGUCUUUGGUAACCAUAAUCAACUUAUUACCAAUUGAACGUCACGUACAUUUAGUGCGAUUUUAAUGUAUUUAAAUGUUUCCACUAUAGACUUAUGACAAGUUUGCAGAGUCAGAAAGUAAUAUGCAUACAUUUGUACAAAAAUCACCAACAACCGAUACGCGACUUUUAAACCAAAUGACUACCCCCUGUAAAAAUUGAAUUUGUACCUUGCAAGAUUUUUUAACCGCAUGCGUAUACUUGAAGAAUCAAAUGAGGAAAAACCAAAUGAUGAAUGUUUAUAUAAAUGAGCUUAUUAGGUAAAGAUUUAUGUCGAUUUUUUUUUGUAUACGAUUUAUUAUGAUAAAUUUUACAUUUUCAUACAAAUUUAUAGUUUUGCCGACUUGAAAAAUGGACUGACUGUUGAAUGUACAUGAUUAACUGACUUAAUCAAACUACUUUCAAUAAUGGUCACUCGAAGCUUCCAGAGUCAGUGAAAAAUCUCUUUUGUCAAGAGUAAUUCAACGAAUGGGACUUUGAACGAACUCUUUGUAAACUAACGCUGCCCUUUCUCCUAUGCUCAGUUUUACUGUUCAAUAUUUCCGUGCAAAAGUCUACUUUAACUGCCGUGUAUACCUCGAGGUAGUCGGUCGAGCUCUGUGAAUUUUUGCGAUAGGCUCGUAAAAAGAGAUCGAAACAACUGCUUCUGUUGCGUAUCUCCUCUUAUUUUUCUGCCGAAUCGAAUGCAUGAGUUGAAGACGUUUGUAUUAUGUUCAAUCAACCAUGACAUGGCGCGUCGUGGUGUGAAGCUAUGUAAGCAAGCGUAAUAUGAUUUAUUAUUCCGUUAAGAAAGUAUAGAUUUAUAGAUGUGUAUAUUACGUACAAAACGCUAAACUGUCAGGCUGAAAUAAAAGGAGGUAAUGGAUAUAAUGGACACUGCCAAAAUACAAUCUUAUACGAGAGCCUGAAACUGCUGGAUGCACUAAGCUGUAUUUUUGUUUCUGUAUUCUUUUUUUUUAUAAUUUUUUUAAGUUUUUAUUGUUGUUCAUAAGCUAUUUUCUUUGAAUUAGCUUAAAUUGGAGGCAUAAGCUUAGCACAUUUUUACUUACGGGAGGGACAAAACGGAAAAAAAGUAAACCAACUUGAAAGGCCUUUGUCAACCUUUUCGUGGAUUUCUAACGCUGUAUGUCGUGCGCAUAUAAUGACCAAAGUUAAUCUGAUCUGAUUGAACAUUAGAAGACCUAAUUAUAAGCAAAAUUUUAUUGAGCCGUCUGUUUCGACGGGUGAGUACCGAUAAUCCGGAAAAGCUGUUGAGGCGUUUCAAAGGAUUGACUCGUACAUUGAUUCCUAAUUAAAGUAAAAUAUGAUGGUUUUGAAAAGAUGUAAAUUCUAGUGAUUUUUGAUUAAAAAUAAAAAGGGACACUCGAAAUUUUAAAAUAUUAAAAAGUUUGCCGAUAUCAGAUUGUUGCGCUGUCGUUCUAUACGAAAAUUAAAAAGCAACUUCUCUUAUCGGUGUAGCUUGAUGUGGCUAUGAAAUGUUUGUCGAAUUAUCAUUAAUGGCCACAUAUAUAACUAUUGAAAAAUUAUAAAUACAAAGACUUAUAUUGUAAAAGUUUAGGCCUUAAUUGUUAGGUAGCGUAUUAAAAAAGAAAGACGAAUCCCAAAGGCUUUCGAGAGCGGUUUACAACGCUAAUUUAGCAAAUUUAUGAGAUCGUUUUGCGACAAUACAAUAUGUUGAGCGUUUCCCUCGGCUUUUACGUGAGAAGUUUAAGCAUAUCCUUUGUCAUUUAUAACGAUCUUAUACUUUGUUGCAUAGUAGGCAAAAUUACAUUUAUACACUCUGCGACUUACUGUACUGUCAAGUCGAUGAACUAUGCAAAAUCCAAGAAGUUCGACCAAAUUUUCGCGGAAAAUAAUUGUGAAACGUUUGAACUUGCCGCGAACAUAAGUAAACGAAAAUGUGCACGAAAAGCUAGAUGAAGAAUUACUGCCAGUAUCGUAUGUAAAUAUUGAUUCAUUUUUAUAUAUAAGAUUAAACAAAAACAUGUAGCCAGGUAUACAUAAGUUAUGCAUACAUGCUACCGUUUGUAUGGCGUUUCGAGUUUGUACGAAUGCAUGUGAUAAUUGUAAUAGUAAUGAAUGGGUAUGUAGUUUAUAAGGUCUGAUGUUGGAAUUGAUUCAAAGAGAUAAAUGAAAGAAUUAUAGUUCUUUUUUUCCUUGAUUGUUCAAAGAGCGGAGGGUUCAUAAAAAUCAUGUGAAAUUUGAGAUUUUUGUUUAACAAAUUUCUGCAAAUUACGAGUUUAGUUCUUAUUAAUAUUUAUUAAUUUGAAUAAAUAUUGACACUUUUUUAAAAAUCUGUUUACGUAUGUUGUAUGAUAAUUAAAUUAAUCGAGCAAGUUGUUUCAGAUAACUUAUGCAUGCCAGAACAGUGUAAAAAAAUUUCUUUUAGUGAAAACAAAAACCAUCGUUGCUUGCGAAUAUUUUUUUUCGGUCGAAGUUUGCGAAUUAAUUGGUCAUUAUCUUCUUUUGAGUCGAAGAAAAAGUGUACAUUAUUUGUUGCGUUCAAAUGUUGUUAACGUAAGCAAGCGCCUCUGUAAAUGAUUAAAUGACCAGUGAUUAGUUGAAAGAAACAGCCGUUUUUUCAUCAUGCAAGAGUGAAAAAUUCCUACGCGGUAACGGCAUUUUCGUAUGCAUAUAUUUCUUUUUAACUUGUAAGUUUAUCAUUUAAGCUUAGUUAUUUCGCGACGGGGUGACUAAAUAAAAAAAAAGUCAAUAUACAUCGAGCGAUUUACACAUACGUUUGCGAAUCGUCGACUACACCCGCCGAAUCAUGAUCAUUUCGCAUUUAAUUGUUGUUCGUUUUCUCAGUUCGCAUAAUGAGACUGAUUUACUUUUAUUUUUCACUCUCUCGCUCUUCAGUAGUAGGAAAAAUAAAGCAUUUCGUAGUUCGUUAAUAAUGGGCGGUCGAGUAUGGGACGCAUACUCGGCGGCCGAAUAAAUGCUGCCACUUGUAAAAAAUUGAUAAUAAAACAUUUUACGUGUAGACAAUGAAA